AUGGCGACUUCAGCUGUUCAUCUAACCACCGAGGAAUUUUGCCAAGAGUUCCUGUCACAUCCGAGCGAUUACCCUACUCCCGGUGCGGGAUUCAACCCAUUUUCUGCAUUACAGCAUGCAAACAAGAACUCAGGAAACAAUGUCGCGGAGCUGAUCAUUGCUGCAGUCAAUAGCCAUCUUGCGCCUGGAUCGACGGCUUCUGCGUACGGAUACCUUCCAGAAUGCUCCACGGACAAGGCUACGCAGAAAACCCGUUCGGCGUUAUUCCGAACCCAUUCGAUUCCCACAAAAGGACAUCCUCUCUGGGCCGACCAGAUCGUUCCCAUCCAUAUCCAGGCUCACCGCCGCGGCAUCGAUCCUUUCGAGAACGCUGAACAGCAAGACGAAUAUGGCGAACUAAGACAAGCCAGAAAGCGGGUCUUUGAAAGUAUCUCUGCCGUUGCAGAUGUCCUCUUCGCUGCUCAACAACGUGUAUUCCUCUUCACGCUCCUCUUCAUUGGCCGCAAGUUCAGGCUCCUACGCUGGGAUCGUGCCGGCGUGGUGACGACCCCCGCUACAGAUUACUACGAGCAUCCGCAUCUUCUAUGCGACAUUCUCUGGCGCAUUGGCCAAAUGGAUGACGACGCGCUUGGCUUCGAUCCUAGUGCCACUCGUGUCCUUCCUGGUGACAUUGACUUCACGCGAAUGGAUUUUGCCGGCCUCAGGACCGACACUGACUUGAGCUAUGAGGAACGUCGACUUGAGGAGUCUGAAAUUGGCCCUCAUCCAGUCUUCGAGUACGUUCGCUCUUUGUUCAGGACGUCGCUCUCCGACGACUGGCCGCGCUACAAGCUCCAGGUGAGCGACGGGAAGAUCGAGCGCGCUUACCUUGUCGGCAAACCGACCUUCCGCGCUCCCGAUGUCUUUGGCCGUGGUACGCGUGGUUACGUCGCCUACGAGUGCGAGACGGGUCGUUUCGUGUGGCUCAAGGACGUGUGGCGCGCGUCGUAUAUGAUCACAGAGACCGAAGGCCAGGUUCUUCGAAAGCUCAACGCUGCUGGCGUGGAAAAUGUCCCAACUCUCAUCUGUGAAGGCGACGUCCGCGAUCAAGCUACAAUUACGGCGGACUGGUGGAAACGCGCACGUGCUCACGCCUCAGCCUCGCUUCACGUCUACCCUUCCUCGCCUCCCUCGUCCUCUUCCGCUACCCUGGUCGGCACCACUUCUCCGACAACCAAGAAACGGAAGAUGGCGGUGGAGCCCGAAAGGGCUUCCACUACAUCUAAGCAUCGCAAUCCACGUCGUCGCGGGACUCUUUCCUCCGAUUGUCCCCUUCGGCAGCACAGUCAUUAUCGCAUUGUCGUCGAGGAGGUGUGUAUGGCAUUGAAGAAUUUCAAGUAUGGGGGACAGCUAGUCGCGCUCGUCUUGGACUGCUUACUAGCGCAUCGUCAAGCGGCCACACAUCCGGAGACACGUAUUCUUCACUGCGACAUCAGUGGCGGAAACAUACUCAUUUACCCGAAGAUCAAGCGAGAUCGGGAGGGGAAGGACCCCGCUCUUAUUUGGACGGGUAUCUUGACCGAUUGGGAGCUGUCGAAGUCGGUAGAUGCUCAGGAAGCGGCUUCUAAGGCUACCCAGGUUGAUCGUAUGGGGACGCUUCAGUUCAUGUCGGUCAACCUACUCACCCAUAUCAACAAGCCCGUGACUAUUGCGGACGAGCUGGAGUCAUUCUUCCACGUCCUCGUCUACUAUGCCGUCAGCAAUCUCCGCUCGAACUGCACUGGCAUCGCCUCCUGGAUCGACAACUUUUUUCACAACUAUGCAGGUCCCGAACGCAUGUUGACGUGUGGCCCGAAAUCGGUGAUCAUGGAGAUGACUGGCUCGCUCGAGACUCGCUCGCCGCCAGGUCCCUUACUCUUCUAUAGUCCCAUGGACAACGUUCUCGCUCCUAUUCUCACAAGCUUGAGAGCGCAUUACAAAGUCAUGGCGUACGAACGUGCUAAAGCUGCUCCCCGGAGAACUCGACCGAGAACUCCCCCACCCCCGCCGCCGGACCCUGCCCCUCCGAGGCUCCUCCCAGAAAUCGACGAGAGCAAGUACAACCCCGAGGAUCUCGCACGUUGGAAGGCUUCCUUGAAGGCCGGCAUUGUUGAUGACUUCACUCCCACUCCAGAGGAUCGGGAGCUCGCGGCAAAUCUUGUGGACCACAAGUUUAUGCUCAACCACCUCUCUGACGCACUUGGGAGCCGGUAUUGGCAAGGCGACGACCGCAUACCUACUACUAAGGACUCUGAGCCUGCGUCGUGCUGUGUCAGCGGGUCGCCCUUCGAAGCCGCAGCACCGAGAGAUGCUAAGAGGCAGCGAAUGUCAGAACCCGAGCGCAAUGUGUCAUUGCCCGCUCGUCUACAUCCGUCUACUCGACGUACGCAGAUCCGCACCCGCACCCACCCUCUUCGUGCUCGAAGGUAGCCUUGGUAUUGCUGACUAGGUCGUUCACGUUGCUUUGACGUGGAUUUUCAUACUGGUGAUACCCCAUCACAUAUGUUACUCCUAACACAUACCUCACUCCUCUACGCCUCCACAUCCUGUCGUUCUUGCGCCGUCGCCUCUCCGUCUCACUGAGGGCUGCAUCUACAUCCCCACCGCUUGCGCCACGUCCUCUUCUACACUCAUCGCUCGCGCGGUACCUCCUCUCAUCUCAUUACGUCGGCGAGCUCUUACUUACCCUGCCGUUCGUCGAAUGCGUUGCGCAGAUCGAACAUAGCUCAUCCUUUGAGCUGCACAAUGUAUCAUAGUAUCAUACCC